UCUGAUGAAUUUGUGAUAAUCAUUUAUGGGAACUAGAAAACUAAAAAACAUCUGUUGUGGUGAAUCUGCGAAAAAUUACAAUGCCUGAACUACCGCCGAUACGUAGCUUCAAUUUGAAGGUAAUUUUCCUCACGCAUUUUAUUUUCACAUCUUUAAGUACUAUGGGGCACUGGAACUCUCUGGCCUACUUGUUUUACAAUAGCCUAUUAAUCUUCCUCUUGGUUUGGAGCAUAUAUCAUGACCAAAGUCAUGAACCCAUACAACUGGCCAUAGUGGUUAAUGGAUGUUCUAUCAUUCUGGAUAUACUUCUUCUUAUUCUAGAUUUUCCAACUGGUCAAAAUGAAUCUGGAAAUAAUAAAUUUUCUGCUGCCAUGGCAGUCCUCCACUUGAUAAUUCGUCCAUUCAGCACCAUUUUACUUAUCAGAAACUUGGAAGAGAGAAGUGGAAGUCCAGGUGUAUUAACUGGAAUAUUGUCAAGAGGUAAUGAAAGUUAUGAAGAUAUUGAUAGCAAUCGUGUUCCUCAGUCAUCAAGUACAGGGGGUUAUGAUUUCAACAAUGCCCAACAAAUUUAGAUCCAACAAAUCCUAUUUAUCUCUCCAGCCUGUUGAGGAUAUCAAUUGAAGACUGAAAAAACCCCAUCUAAAUAUGAAACUGGUUGAACCAUUAUAGUUUAUUUGGCAAAGCAAUGACUGAAAGAUUGGUAUUUUUGAGUCUUGCUAUUCAAUAGGGUGAAGUAGAAAUCUCUAAUA